GAGGAGUGAGGGAGGGAGAGGGGUAGGUGGUCGACUCGCAGCGCGCCGAUUUCAUCAGCCAGCCUGAGCCAGAUCUAACGCAGCUGAGGUAGAGAUGGCUGUCACUAGAAUUGGUCUUGCUGGCCUUGCGGUCAUGGGGCAGAACCUUGCCCUCAAUAUCGCGGAGAAAGGGUUCCCCAUCUCUGUCUACAACAGGACGACAUCUAAGGUUGAUGAGACUGUUCAGCGCGCCAAGGCAGAAGGAAACCUUCCUGUGUAUGGCUUCCAUGACCCUGCAUCCUUUGUGAACUCCAUUCAGAAGCCACGUGUUGUCAUCAUGCUUGUCAAGGCUGGUGCACCAGUGGACCAGACCAUUGCAACUCUUGCAGCACACUUGGAGCAGGGUGACUGUAUUAUUGAUGGAGGAAAUGAGUGGUACGAGAACACGGAGAGGAGGGAGAAGGCAAUGGAGGAGCGUGGCCUCCUCUAUCUUGGGAUGGGUGUUUCUGGAGGAGAGGAGGGUGCCCGCAAUGGCCCGUCCUUGAUGCCUGGUGGCUCAUUUGAGGCUUACAAGUACAUUGAAGAUAUUCUUCUCAAGGUGGCUGCCCAGGUUCCUGACAGUGGUCCGUGCGUCACAUACAUUGGCAAAGGUGGAUCUGGAAACUUUGUCAAGAUGGUUCACAAUGGAAUUGAGUAUGGUGACAUGCAGCUGAUCGCUGAGGCGUACGACGUUCUCAAGUCGGUUGGUAAGCUCACAAACAGUGAGCUGCAUCAGGUGUUCUCUGAGUGGAACAAGGGCGAGCUCCUCAGUUUCCUGAUUGAGAUCACAGCUGACAUAUUCAGCAUCAAGGAUGACCAGGGUGAAGGCUACCUGGUCGACAAGGUCCUGGACAAGACCGGGAUGAAGGGAACCGGGAAAUGGACCGUGCAGCAGGCUGCCGAGCUCUCUGUGGCUGCUCCUACAAUUGAGGCAUCCUUGGACUCCAGGUUCCUCAGUGGGCUGAAGGAUGAGCGCGUCGAGGCUGCCAAGAUCUUCCAAGGUGACUUCUCCAGCGACCUGCCAGUGGACAAGGCGCAGCUGAUCGAAGACGUGAGGCAGGCUCUCUACGCCUCGAAGAUCUGCAGCUACGCGCAGGGCAUGAACAUCAUCAAGGCCAAGAGCAUGGAGAAGGGGUGGAGCCUCAACCUGGGCGAGCUCGCGAGGAUCUGGAAGGGAGGGUGCAUCAUCCGUGCCAUCUUCCUGGACCGCAUUAAGAAGGCUUACGACCGGAACUCCGACCUCGCCAACCUGCUCGUGGACCCUGAGUUCGCCCAGGAGAUCAUGGACAGGCAGGCGGCAUGGCGGCGGGUGGUCUGCCUCGCCAUCAACAAUGGCGUCAGCACCCCGGGCAUGUCGGCGAGCCUGGCAUACUUCGACUCCUACAGGAGGGACAGGCUGCCGGCCAACCUGGUGCAGGCACAGAGGGACUACUUCGGGGCUCACACCUACGAGAGGGUCGACGUUCCCGGCGCCUUCCACACCGAGUGGUUCAAGAUCGCCCGCGCUGCUGCCAAGAUGUGAAAUGAAAUGAAUGCUUCAAAUUUUCGGUUAAAAUUUGAAUUGCUACUUGCUGCUGAGUCACUUGUAGCGGGGAGGAACUGUUGCUGAAAUUUUUAUGGUUAUUGUGUUUAUGGUUAAUUUGGAUAAGGAGGUCCAUAGCUAUCUCCAUUCUUUUAGUGUAAGCAGUCCAGGGUGGAGAGAACAUGGAUAUUUAUUGUUGGAACCUUUGUUGUGAUGAUCUCUGUAAGUUUAUCAUAUACUUAUAUAUGAAUAAAUUUGCAUUUUGGCAUGGUUGUUUU